UCUGUCUCCGUUAAACUGGCUAGGAGGAGGGACUACGAGCACUACGUGCUGGGAGAACUGUUCAAAAUUGACCACGAGAAUAGUGUACACCUGGGAAUCAAUUUAGAAAGUCGUCCGAGGAGCAGUAGUUGCGAUUUUAAUCGGUUUCAUUUAUCGUUAUGUCCGCUUCUCAGUUUUUUUUAUGUCUGUUACAGUGUUGAUAAAUAUUGCUACAUUGCUAGCCAGCAAGCCAAUAUCGAGCAGACCAUAGUCGACCACCAACAUUGCGAGUUGAAUGAAGACGCGUUGCAUGGGCUGUAGCCUAUCCCGUGUAGAUAAGACAGUUGUGUAGCUAACGUUACUGUAACUAGUUAUCUGACGUGCAGAGUUUUUUAAAAUUUGUGUUUUUAUUGUCCUGAUAUUUAUCUCAUUGGUAUUGGUGAAGAAGAGACGAGCAGAUAUCGAGGACGGUAUUGAUUGGAUAUCCAUGAGCUCCGAUUUCCAGCACUACAGUUUCAGGAUGCCUAAUAUCGGGUUUCAGAACCUUCCUCUCAACAUCUACAUUGUGGUGUUUGGGACCGCCAUCUUUGUCUUCAUUCUCAGCCUUCUCUUCUGUUGCUACUUGAUAAGGUUAAGGCACCAGGCGCACAAGGAGCUGUAUGCAUACAAACAAGUUAUACAGAAGGAAAAGGUCAAAGAGCUAAAUUUGCACGAGAUAUGUGCGGUGUGCUUGGAGGAGUUCAAACAGAAAGACGAGCUGGGGAUUUGCCCGUGCAAACACGCCUUUCACAGGAAGUGCCUCAUUAAGUGGCUGGAGGUGAGGAAGGUGUGCCCGCUGUGCAACAUGCCCGUCCUGCAGCUUGCCCAGCAGGCGGGCAACACCAUCGACGUUACCGUCACCGUGCCCAUACAGCAGCCCCUGCCAGGCAUGGAAAACCUGGUGUAGCGCAGACUGCAGUGCGCGCGCACACACACACACACACACACACACACACACACACACACCUGUACAAGUACACAUAUACCUCGAUCACACAGGCAGCGUCAUUGCAUUUUUGGUACACCAGAAGUACAUUCAUUUCCAAUGGAACGCUGUGUUAGCCUUGCAUCAUCGGACGUAUGCAUCAAAUUCUUUGCGUAGACGGCUUGACAGAGAUGGUAGAAGAAGGUGAAGGUUGAACUUUUGUUGCACACAUAUCCAGAUGAUGCCGCGUACCAUUUUGCGCAAUGACGCUGAAGGGAUGAUCGAGGCGUUUUAUAUGUGAUUAAGAGACUGGGCAGAAACACAACAGUGUUACGGUGCGGACAGAGACUCACGGUGACGAAGAAGUGAAUCUGCUGCAUCUCCUCUCAUCUCUCUGCCUUGGUGGAUUCCCAUAAGGAUUUUUUUGUAAUAACGAUUCUUUACUGACAAUCUCUUUUUUUUUUUGGGACACAGCCGUGGUCACUAUUCUGACCGUUUCACAACCAAAGCACUUUUCUGGGGACACCAGCGCGUGACGAGUAAGAGGCACGAAAACCAACAACUACAACAUGUUGAAAUGAAAAUGGCGUCAUCGUUUAGUUUUCUUUUUAACGACUAAACCUUAGUAUUUUUUUUUUCUACAAGCACUUUAAAAAUUGAACGCUUGUGAGGAGGUUGUAGUAGCAACAAGGUUAUAUUUUAUUAUUUCAAUUAACUUUUUUGUGUGUGUACAUACAGAGCCACGUGAGUUAAUUUUUUAGUUGAGUGGAUACUGUUUUUUUUGGGGGGGGGAUAUCUUAAAGGGACAGUAGCCUCCAAAUGAAUUAAUGUCAGGAUACUCAUGGGAAGAAUUCUGUGGCCUGAUCCACCCUCUCUCACACACAUACAGAAGUGGAUAUUGGAGGUGUGUGUGUGUGAGAGAGGGAAGGGAGGAUCACUUCAGUACUUGGUGUGAAUUAAGAGAGGAUGGGUGUGAAUGUGGGGUUGUGACCCGACUGAUUCACCAGUGUGCAUCGGACUCUGCGUCCCCUCUUGCAUAUGAAGGUUGUACAGUUUGUUACUCACUGCACACCUCAGUGUCAGCGUUCCCAAAUGGCACCCUAUUCUCUAAAAAGUGCACUAUUUAAGUAAUAGGGUGCCAUUUGGGACACUACCUGUGUGUGUGUGUGUUACAAAAAGGUUAUGUGGCCACUGUCACGGUCUGCAUCUCAUUUCAGAAAAAGCCAAUAGUUACUAUUCUGUUGGGGGGGGGAAAUGUGAACUAAUUGUUAAAACGCAACAAUGCCGUGUUCGUAUUCUCAUUGAAAGAUUUUUCACAAUGAGGUUUUGAGGGUAGAAUCAAAAUAAAAUAGUAGUAUUCUCUAGUGUAAACAUAGAGCCCCCCGUGUGUGUCCCACACACACAGACAGACACACACACACCCGACACAAACUGUGGAGGGGUCCUGGCCUCUGUCACGUCCUGUGGACUGGCGAUCAGGAAGUAAGAGAAACCCAACACCCAGAGCCCAUGGCACCCCUAGAGCCAACAUCCAAUCAGAUGCCUCCGUUAUUGUUACAUAAGAGAAGACUGAGCCCCUCCCGAGCCCACAGUGCUCCCAAAGCAUUACUCAUUCAGCUUGUGGCAACGGAGCGCUAUGAAAACGCAUAGCUGGAAGAUUCCUUUUUUGGUUUUAUACAGUUAAAAAUGCAUUCCUCUCUUGCCGUCCUCGGGUUUGAGUUUGAAUGACGUUUAGCCUGAUGGUAGUCUAAAACAACUAGCCCAAUCUACACACUACAUAGUAAACUAGAGUACUUGAUAUAAUGCCAAUAUGAUUAUAUUCCAUAUUGUCUCCGAUGUGAUUAAGUCUAGAAUCAUAUAUUCUAUACGCUAAUCUUUACGAAACCUAGAACAAACACUGGUCCACUGAGGCAGUGGUGGUUCUUAAACUUUUCCAGCUCGAGAACCAAAUUUAGAAAUUGAUCGUCCUCCCCUGACCCAAAAUGUCCUCCAACAACCCAAAUGAAGAAUAAAUAGUGCGUGAUUAUAGAUGUUUUCCCACAACUCGCAACCCACCUGACAUGCCCAGGGCCCCAACCCACACAGUAGUUUAAGAAACCCUGUGCUAAGGCAUUGUUGCAUUUUGACUGCUAUACAUGAAAGUAUCAAACCAGACAAAUUUGCUCAAUUCAUUUUAUUUCCAUUUUGUUUUUAUCAAACUUUUGACACUAUGAUGGUAGUGAACACUACAGGGUGACACAGCACUGCCUUGGAGCGUGAAAGGCUUGGUGAAAUCGAUCAAGUUGUGACUCUACGCAAACUAGGCAGCAAACCUCAUCUCUUGUUUGCUAGCCGUUACGGAUGUAGCAUGACAUAUGGCAGAAAGACGCAUGGUCUUUUACUCAGCACUGAAAGAGCAGGACCACCCGCACUUUCACUUCCUUCUCAAUUCAGUCAACGACUCAAAGCUGCUUCUGGGAUUAGUAACUACUUAACGCUAUUUAGCUUUAGCUUAGCGUUGAGCUAAUUAGGCUAUGGGAGAUAUAGGCUAAUUAUCUAGUUCAAAUUCUGGCAGCACUCAUAUCGGUCAACACACAUACGUACGUUUCCAGCAGAUGUCAUUGAGCUGGUAUAGGUCCUGGUUAGCAGUCGUAGAGAACAGCAGGCUCAUUCUAGCGCUUUCCCCAAUCGCUCUCUCCACACUGGCGUUUUGUUCCCCGAUAUACACACGCACACUAACCCCUCUACCCUGGUGCUUUGUUGCAUCACUGUAGUAAAAGUGCUGUGUGAUAUUUUGGAACAGAGGGGAAACGGUGUCCCAUAGGUCAGGGGUCAGCUUGUGUCACUGGUCACAGACUAGAUCUAGGUGAUUGGUCAUAAUAAUGGUGUUAAAUUCAACUUUAUUUAUAAGAAAGGCUGGUCUGUCCUAACAGGGUCGAUUCGGUUCUUCCCUCUUAAGUGGUUGUACCUUUUCAGGAACCCGGGCUAUUUCAGUGUCCCGAGCAUCAGGCCCAGCUCUAGAACCACUGCGCUUGUGUCUUCUUAGAAUUCUAGGUGUUAAGAACACCAAGUCUAUUUUAACUAAAUGUUCUGUGUCCACUGGCUUUACCUUCGUACAACAACAGAGGGGAAUGUUAGCCCAGCUAGCUGGUGAAAAGAAUAGGAGGACAUUAUUUCUUGCCAAUAUCAGAAACAAUGUCUCCCUCCCACUUCGCCCAAUAAUAUCUAUUGUAUUUGAGGGAGGAGGAUGACAAUUGUGAUUAUUGUAUAUAUUUUUUUUAACUUGUGCUUUACUUACUGUGUGUUCAUUUUGGCUAUUUGUUUGAAGAGACACCAGUCCGUGGUUGAAUGUGGAAUGAGAAAAACCAUAACCUUUUUAUUGAAGGCUCCCGGCGUUACUUGUAUGUGCGGGUCGCUUCGGUACCUGUUGGCCUCUUCUUGGUUCUUCUUUGUGGCUACACACAAAAAUGAGCUACACAGGAUGCAAUGGACGUGACACCCUUUCUGUAUAUAACUCAAAUAUAGGUAUAUAACACACAUCUUUGUACAAAGAGACUUCAACUCUGAUAUUAAUCUCAGAACUCCAAAGUUUGACUGGUCCGAAGUUUAUCUUUUGACAACUAGCCCCAGCACUUUCUUAUUCCCUUAAGACUCCGAUAUUGUUACAGACAGCCAACAAGAACACAGCAAGUCUUGACGCUUCGUCCUCUACUAUGUGUGGUUGUCUCUGAAUUGACGGUUUAGAGGGAGAUUUAACGAUAGGACUGGGUGGAGAGGAGACCGAUAAUGUGAAAAGCAUGCGAUGAAAUGGCAGCUGCACUUGCAACCGAUUUCACCAUUUUGUAAUUGUACAUAGAGAGUAGUAGUGUUGGUAGGACGACAUACUGCAUAAACACUUUUUUACUGUAGAGGGGGUGUGCAUUGUGCACCUGUUAGGUUCUAAUUCAGAGUAAAAACACUCAACGGACACUGAAAGCUUAACCAAGUUUAUUCUGCCGAGAGGCUCCAUACAGCUGCAUUCAGACAAACACAUGUUUCCACCACCACACGUGUGUAUAUAUAUAUAUAUAUAUUCUCCAAUUUAGGCACUCCUCCUUUUCUCCAAUCCUUACAUCUUUUAUGGUUUGACAGGAAGACGAAGUGAUAGGGUAAUAAACCAUAAUUUCUCCCUCAAGGGGAUCUGAUCUGACCCCCACCUUGAUGCCUAAUCCAAAGAUCUUCACCCGUAUCCCCUCUAGCAAUCCUGUGACUUCUUCCCAUCCACCUAGCACAUUCCAAAGCCAUCUGGAUCCUACAGAUAACCAUUCACUUCUGAUGUAAAACCCAGUCUCUAGGAUAGCAAUGUUCCAAGUUUAACCCAGAAUCUAACACAACGAAUAGUUGAGGAUAAUUCUUCCAUUGAAAACACUGCAUCUGAGCACUUAUAACUGCCAUUUACCCAUCUGAGAAUUGCAACAAUUCCAGACAUUUUGUAAUGUCUUCUUUCAAAUGAGAGUUGAAGGUCAGAAGAGAACUCAUCUAUUAUACCCCAUAAUUUCUUCCUGUGUAACUCCCUAAUCCUUCCCCCACUCUUCUCAGACCAGACAUGGUUCUAGGUUCUCUCCUGGAAAGCAUGUAGCCACGGUCAAGUGCCAUAACAGCAGGCAGUUCGAGGCCCUUCUGCGAGAGGAAGGAAUCAUGUGUAUAUUCAUAGUGAAUAAUCACCCAUCAUCUAUGAGUUAUUACUGCGGAAAGUACCAGGCCAAAUCUAUUUGAAAAACAUUGGGAUUUCGGACGGUUGAUGAAUUUAGUGAUGACUCACCCCACCGUAACCUCCAUUGAUGUCAGCACUGUUCCAGAGAACGCCAGGCUAUUGGGCUGUAAUAUUAAAGGACUAUGAUGUACUUGCUUCAAUAUCAUGAAUUACUGAGAGGAAAGUGAGGCUCUUUGUCAGCAACCAAAAUGUGUAAUAACGGGCCCCUUAUCGCAUAUCCUUUCUAUAAGGUGCUUUUAUCUCAGAAAGUAUACCCAGAGACAGGAACAUCCCACUCCUUAUUUCUUUCUGUUUCAAUGGAAGCCAAUGAACUAAGUAGACCAGACCAAGCUGCGAUCACAUUGGUGUCUAUAGUAGAGCCACUCCCUUAAGUAGACAUUUUUUCAAUGGCAAGUGAAACACUUUUUUAAAAUCAACCAUCUGGCUGUUGGCAGCCAUUUUGUGAGUCGGACCUCAAGGUCAACGCUGUGUAAAUUGGCCGCUUGGGCCUCAAUAACACAUGUCACUGCCUCUCAAUGUUGUGUAUGGUGUCUAUUUAUUCAAUGUAUAGCUCUUGGGGUGUCCCCCACCCUCCCCCUUCUCUCCCUUCCUCAAGUACAUCCACUGUCUCGCCCCUAACCCACUUUAUCCAAUCGCCACCACAUUCUUCAAUGGGUCAACCUACCCCACCCUGUGAUAACCUCUCCCACCUUCUUACCCCAACCUCCUGCUUCAUCCACCAGCCCACACUUUCUUCCCUUGAUGGGUGAACCUACCCUCCAUGGGUCUACCCAUCCUACCCUGAGAUAACAUUGUUUAUACAAUUAAGAAUUCUGCAGCAGAAUAUUUUUGGAGAAAUUUGCUGUACAGUAUUUGUAAGCUCUAUUUUUGUAUAUUUAAUUGACAUUUUGGAGGAAAAAAAUAAUGAAUGCAUUUCUUUUGCUAAUUCUGUUUUAUUCAUUAAUAAAAAUGUUGCAUGUGACUGACUUGAACUGUAAAUAAAAUGACCACAUUUUGGAAAUAA